GUUCUCGUAUAAUACCCAGUUGUCGUUGUUCCUAACGGCUGGCUUGGGUGACACCGGCCGCGAAAAGGAUGAAGGGCCGGCCAGGGAAAGAGCCUAAACCUCGGCUUCAGAUGCUUGUCUGUCUCAUCCUCCUCUGACACUUCUUAGCUUUGUGACCUUGAGUAAGUUACUUAAUGUAUCUGAGCUUCGGCCUCCUCAGCUGGAAAGACUGGGGUAAAGUCCUUGGAGGCUUGCUGAGUGGGUCCAAAGGAAGAAUGUAUGGGAAAAAGCUUAACACGGUUUCUGGCUUGAGACAUAUGAGUGAGCUCACCCAUACAUACCGUGCAAGGGAUCUCAACCAAGGAAAAAUCCCGCUGACCCCAAGUUUCUAGUAGAGUCAUGGGCGAUGGCCUCGGCCCAGAGCCUCCUGGUCCCCUUGGGUCCCCUCUUCAUGCACCUGUCUUUGUUCUAUCUCGCCCCCACCCCCCACCGUGGCCAUUCUUCUGGUGGGGCUGUGGGGCGGGUGCGGCGAUGGACCGGGCGGGCACAGAACAGGUGGGUGCAGGCUGGGUGUCCGGCGCUGGGACACAAGUGCUCUGUGUGUAGGGUGGGCGGAAGUCAGGGCGUUUGAUCUGAAUUCUAAAGGGCGUUGUUCAGAGCCCCACAAAGGUCCCAUUGUGCAGACACUGGGUAUAAAGCAGCAUAUGACUCCCCAGCACCGGGCGGCGAUGAAUUGGAACGCAGGCGCGAACCCAGGGACCACUCCCCCUGCACAGACAUGAGACCAUAGGGGACCUGUCUGGGUGGCCUCAGGGAUAGGCGCUCCCCAAGGUGUGAAUGAGGCAGGAUGAACUGGACCGGUUUGUACACAUUGCUCAGUGGCGUGAACCGGCAUUCUACUGCCAUAGGUCGCAUAUGGCUGUCGGUCAUCUUCAUCUUCAGGAUCAUGGUGCUGGUGGUGGCUGCCGAGAGCGUGUGGGGUGACGAGAAGUCCUCCUUCAUCUGCAACACCCUGCAGCCUGGCUGCAACAGCGUCUGCUACGACCACUUCUUCCCCAUUUCCCACGUGCGCCUGUGGUCCCUGCAGCUCAUCUUGGUGUCCACCCCAGCUCUCCUUGUGGCGAUGCACGUGGCUCACCAGCAGCACAUAGAAAAGAAGAUGCUGCGACUCGAGGGUCACGCGGACCCCCUGCACCUGGAGGAGGUCAAGAGGCACAAGGUCCACAUCUCAGGGACGCUGUGGUGGACCUAUGUCAUCAGCGUGGUCUUCCGGCUAAUGUUUGAGGCCGCCUUCAUGUAUGUCUUCUACCUGCUCUACCCCGGCUACGCCAUGGUGCGGCUGGUCAAGUGUGAGGCCUACCCCUGCCCCAACACAGUGGACUGCUUCGUGUCCCGGCCCACCGAGAAAACCGUCUUCACGGUCUUCAUGCUGGCCGCCUCGGGCAUCUGCAUCAUCCUCAACGUGGCCGAGGUGGUGUACCUCAUCAUCCGGGCCUGUGCCCGCCGAGCCCAGCGCCGCUCCAAUCCGCCCUCCCGCAAGGGCUCGGGCUUCGGCCACCGCCUCUCACCUGAGUACAAGCAGAAUGAGAUCAACAAGCUGCUGAGCGAGCAGGAUGGCUCCCUGAAAGACAUACUGCGCCGCAGCCCCGGCACUGGGGCUGGGCUGGCUGAGAAGAGCGACCGCUGCUCGGCCUGCUGAUGCCGCACACAAGGCAACCUCCCCUCCUACACCCCUCCCCCGUCCCCCAUCCCCCUGCCCCUGGCCCUGCCCCUCCUUCUCCCCUGCCAGGUGCGGGCCUCUGCCUGCUAGGGACUGCAGAUCAGAUCAAUGGAAAUCUCCCUCUCCUCCCUGGUUUCCCUUCCUCCACCCCCACACCCCCACCCCCGCCUUCUGUCUGGGGGGCCAGAGGGGUGGGGAGCCGAAGCUGGCCAGGCCAGUGCUCAAGGGUGGGGUGAGGGGGCAGGGGGUGGCUCUUCUUGUCUGUACCCCCUUUCCGCUUCCCUCUCCCUCUUCCUGGGGCCACUGGGGGACAAGAGAUAUGAUGCUCUGACAGCAUCUCCAAUUAUGAAACUAAUCUUAACCCCGUGUUGUCAGAUACCCUAUUUCUGGAGUCACAUCAGCAGGGAGGGACGUGGGCAAGUAGAAUGGAAGGAGGGUGCUCUGGACAUGUGGGUGGAGAAGAGAGGGUAGUCAAGGCGAGAAAAGGAGGAACAGCACUUUGCUGGCCACAAGGAGGAGGAGGACAGUCUGGGAUGGAGGAAUUAGGGAGGGAGGAGCAGGCAGAUAAGUUGGAGUGGGGGUUGGUUAGGACCGCCUUUGCCUCUCAUUCCCAAGGCCUCUCUGUGCCUGAAAUGUUAUACAUUAAACAGGAUUUUACAGUAAACGAA